UGCUCCAGCUUUAAAAUCUAAACAAACAAAAACACGCGUUUUGGCCCAUUUUAACAUGUUGAUGUUUAAAAUUUUUCUUUAAUAAAGCCUUUAAGUAAAAAAUAAACAAAAUGUUUAAGAUUGUUCGACAUCUCAAAGGAAUUCUUACUUCUGGAAGUAGGAAUCAGAAUCGCUGCAGUGUUUCAUUAAAUAAAUGUGUUCCUGAAAAUACUUUCUUUUCAAGAUGUUUUUCAUCACAAUCUCAUACAGUACAGAUGCGAGGAUUAGAUUAUGAAACUAAAGAGCAAGAUGUAAUUGAUUUUUUUAAACCGUUGGGCAUUACACCUAAAAGCAUCAGAUUGAAAUGUGACGGUGCUGGUCGUGUUGCAGGAGUCAGUGAGGUUGACUUCAAUACACAUGCUGAAGCAGUUGUUGCUAUGAGGAAACGAAACGCUUUCAUGGGUAACAGGUUUAUACGUUUAGCAUUAAAAUCAGAACUUGGUUUUAAAGAAUCUAAGAAAACAGAGCCUAUGGACACAAAGACAUCUUCAACAUCUAAAGAAUGA